AUGAGUACUGCGGAUAAAGAGCAAUUACGCAAUGAGUUUAGCCCAACCGGAAGUGGAACUGGACACACAUUACGAACUUUGGAGCAGGCUUAUGACAAUUAUAUCUCAGAUAUCCGAUCUCCUCUCCAAUCCACGCAACGCAAUUACGUUUUCCCCGAACUUAAUCCUGAAGUUGUUAGUAGUAUUGAGAAAAGCCUUAAGGAAUGGAGGACUGUAUGCCAGCUCCUUAGAAUCGAUCAACCAGAAAAAAUCACGGGACAACAAACAACCACUCAGAUGUCUCAAAUGUCAAAUUCGGAGAGCGAUUUAGAAGCAUCUAUUAGGAAACUGGCGUUCUGGUUGGAUAACGUUUCAUUAUAUCUUAAUUCUUCUGGCGCUUGUCUUGGUGGGGAUUUUAAUCAAAACGCAGUCAUAGCCCACAUCAAGGUAAAUGACCUUUCAAAUUUUUUAUUUUAA